AUGCUUUUUGCUAAAUUAUUUAAUGAAUGUCCAUGAAGAAAUACAUAAACACCUUUUUUAUUUUAUUCACGGCGAAUUUAGAGUAUUAUUUAAAACCGAGCUUUCGUAACAUUUUACGUAAGAGCGUUGUGACGCAAGAGGGGUUGUAGACAUGCGACUUCUCUUUGGUGUUUGCGCGUCACGAAACAUUGGCAAUAUUAUUAAGUGUUUUAAGCCCCGUGUUUCCCCGGCAACCCGUGAUCGCGCAUUAAAUACCUCGUUUGUGUGCAGAAAAUAUACGGACAGAGGUACCAGCAUGGAUCUGAGUAACAUGAGAAAAAGCUAUAAGAGCGACCAGGAGUGUUUUGAGGAGGACCAGCUUGCUUCCCUAGAUCCAAUAAAGCAGUUCGGGAACUGGUUUGAUCAAGCAACUAAAUGCCCUGAAGUUGGGGAAGCCAAUGCUGUGUGUCUUUCAACAGCCACCAAAGAUGGCCGUCCUUCUGCACGCAUGGUCCUUCUGAAAGGUUACAGCGAGGAAGGAUUUCGCUUCUUUACAAACUACGAGAGUCGGAAAGGUGCAGAACUGGAAAGUAAUCCCUAUGCCUGUCUUGUCUUUUAUUGGGAGCCUUUAAAUAGGCAGGUUCGCAUUGAAGGCACUGUAGAGCGGAUCCCGUAUGAUAAGUCGUGUGAAUACUUCCACUCCAGACCCAAGAGCAGUCAGAUCGGCGCUGUUGUUAGCAGGCAGAGCACAGAAAUCCCGAGCAGACAGUACCUGAGAGACAAGAAUGCAGAACUUGAAGAAAAGUACAAGGACACAGAUGUGCCAAUGCCAAGUUACUGGGGUGGAUACAUUGUCAAGCCUUUUCUGAUUGAGUUCUGGCAGGGUCAGACUAACAGAUUACAUGAUCGAAUAGUCUUCCUGAGGCCGAAAGAGGGAGAACCUCAACUUGGGGAUAUGCAGCAUCAGGCGGAUGGGGGGUGGGUAUACCAACGGUUGGCCCCCUGACCAAGUGGAUGGUAUGGAAUCAAGGUCAUCGUCUGUGACAUCAUUACAAUCAUAAUUUGGUAUAGGCAGUAACUGACAAGUAACAACAUGUAAACUGUAUUUAUUCUACUGUACAUGAGUACUGUCCUGAAGGAAGGUUUGACAACUGAAGAUGUGAUUUUAUGAAAAUGAAUCAUGCUCAUCGUUUGUCAUUCACCUCAACACACUUUUAAGUGCAAAGUCUUCAGCUUGUUGUUGAUUAAUAAUUGAAAAGCAUAGCCGACAUGCCGUAUUAACUGUAAAUAUACAGUUAAACUUAGCCUUUGGACCGCUGUUAAAACAACAAAACACUUUCUUGUGUAAACCUUGUCCUGUGACUGAAAUUGUAUUUGUUUAUUGCCCUGAUAUUAAACACAUCUUUAGAUCAUAAAUACUCAUUGUGUGAGUUCAUCUGUAUCAGUGGAUUUUCUAGCAAAUGUCCAAUAUGUGAGUUCACUGAUAGUUCACCCAAAAUUGAAAAUUCUGACAUCAUUUACUCACUCUCUUGUCAUUUCAAACCUGUAUGACUUUCUUUCUUCAGCAGAACACAAAAUAAGAUAUUUUGACAAAUGCUGCUAACCGGCAUGCGUGCCAUGGAUGUUCGGUUAACCAACUUUCAACAAAAUAUAUUCUUUUGUGUUGUGCGGAAGAAUAGAAAGUCAUACAGGUUUGAAAUGACAAGAGAGUGAGUAAAUUAUUUCAGAAUUCUCUUAAGAACUUAAGAACUGCCCGUGCCAAACGUGAGUUGUGUUAAAUUUGUUAGUCUGUUUGCUGUAACUCUGUAAUAUAGUGAUGACUGGUAACAUGAACCUGUUCUGUAACAAAGUUGAAACGGUGAAGAAAAAAGUAAUAAACUUGUAUAGAAAUGUA